CAAAAAACCCGAUUUUCUUUUACUCUCAGAAGAUGAACAGUAGCAGCUUAGUUUCAAGAACGCUAAAGCUAAAGAAUCCAAAACUUUUGCUGUUGGAAUCUUGUUCUACCCUCUUAGACCUGAAAAUCAUCCAUGCCCAUAUGAUAAGAACGCACACAAUCUUUGAUGUAUUUGCAGCUAGUCGUUUAAUUGCCUUCAGCACAGAGAACAAUCUGCUAGAUUAUGCAUUACAGAUCUUUUACCAAAUCCAGAACCCCAAUCUCUUUAUUUACAAUGCAUUGAUCAGGGGUUUUUCUGGAAGCCAAACCCCAGUUCAGUCCUUGUAUUUUUAUAUCCAAUCACAAAGGGUAGGUAUAUUCCCUGAUAAUCUUACUUUUCCAUUUUUAAUCAAGGCUUGUACUCAGUUGGGGUCCUUGGAUAUGGGAAUUCAAGCCCAUGGCAAAGUAAUUACGCAUGGACUUGAAGCUGAUGCCUAUGUGCAAAACUCACUUGUUAACAUGUAUGCUACACUUGGGGAUAUAAAGGCUGCAAGCUAUAUCUUUCGAACUAUGUCUCGGUUAGAUGUUGUUUCUUGGUCUUCAAUGGUAGCAGGUUAUAAUAAAUCAGGAGAUGUUGAGUCGGCACGCAUGUUGUUCGACAGAAUGCCUGAGAAGAACUUGGUUACAUGGAGUAUAAUGAUCAGUGGGUAUGCAAGGAACAAUUUGUUUGACAAGGCAAUAGAAUUGUUUCAAGUUCUUCAAUCUGAAGGGGUUCAAGCAAAUGAGACGGUAAUGGUUAGUGUAAUAUCUUCAUGUGCUCACUUAGGUGCCCUUGAAUUGGGAGAAAGAGCUCAUGAUUAUGUGGUGAGAAAUAAGAUGACUAUCAAUUUGAUACUGGGUACUGCCUUGGUAGAUAUGUAUGCUAGAUGUGGAAGUAUUGAUAAAGCUGUUCAGGUUUUUGAGGAACUUCCUGAGAGAGAUGCCCUAAGCUGGACUGCACUUAUUGCUGGAUUUGCAAUGCAUGGUCAUGCAGAGAAAGCAGUUCAGUAUUUCUCAGAAAUGAUAAAGACAGGGCUAACUCCAAGAGACAUAACCUUCACUGCAGUUUUAUCGGCUUGCAGUCACAGGGGUUUGGUUGAAAGAGGGAUGGAGAUUUUCGAAAGCAUGAAAAGAGACUACCGUAUAGAGCCUAGAUUGGAGCACUACGGAUGCGUGGUUGAUCUGUUAGGCCGAGCGGGGAAGUUAGCGGAAGCUGAGAAGUUUGCCCUUGAAAUGCCGGUAAAGCCCAAUGCACCGAUUUGGGGAGCAUUACUUGGAGCUUGCAGGACAUACAAAAAUGCAGAAAUUGCAGAAAGAGUGGGAAAGAUUUUGAUCGAAUUACAACCAGAACAUAGUGGCUACUAUGUGCUGCUUUCGAACAUUUAUGCCCGGACGAACAAGUGGGAUAAUGUCGAAAGCAUGAGACAGAUAAUGAAGGAAAGGGGAGUAAAGAAACCACCUGGACACAGUCUGAUUGAGAUAGAUGGGAAGGUUCAUAACUUUACCAUAGGAGACAAAACACACCCAGAAAUAGAGAAGAUUGAAAAAAUGUGGGAAGAGAUUCUUAAGAAGAUAAGAACAGUAGGAUACACUGGAAACACUACGGAUGCAAUGUUUGACAUAGAUGAGGAAGAAAAAGAAAAUGCCUUGCACAAGCACAGUGAAAAGCUUGCUAUUGCAUAUGGGAUUAUGAGGACUAAAGCUCAUACCACCAUUAGAAUAGUGAAGAACUUGCGGGUAUGUGAAGAUUGCCACACAGCUACAAAGCUGAUAUCUAAAGUUUAUGAACGAGAGUUGAUAGUAAGAGACAGGAACAGGUUCCAUCAUUUUAAAGGAGGAGCUUGUUCUUGCAUGGAUUACUGGUGAAAGUGCACUUUGCAAUUACAAACCAUCUUGAUGAUAUUUGCUUACAAAUUCAACUUUCUGAAAGACUUUGCAUGAUAAAAUCAGGGGUUGACGUUUCUGGA